AUGAUCAAUAAUCCUAAGGUAGACAGUGUAGCGGAGAAACCCAAAGCUGUGACAUCAAAGCAGUCGGAGCAAGCGGCUUCGCCAGAACCAACACCAGCCCCCCCUGUUUCUAGAAAUCAGUAUCCGAUCACGUUCAACUUGACUUCAACCGCACCCUUUCAUCUUCAUGACCGUCAUCGCUACUUACAAGAGCAAGAUCUUUACAAGUGCGCUUCUAGGGAUUCGUUGUCUUCCCUGCAGCAACUCGCCCAUACACCUAAUGGGUCGACAAGGAAGAAAUAUAUUGUUGAGGACCAAUCUCCCUAUAGUUCGGAAAAUCCAGUCAUUGUGACCUCUUCCUAUAACCAUACGGUUUGCACAAACUACUUAAGACCAAGAAUGCAGUUUACAGGGUACCAGAUAUCAGGAUACAAACGCUAUCAGGUAACAGUUAACUUAAAGACUGUAGAUUUGCCAAAGAAAGAUUGCACGUCGCUGUCCCCUCAUUUAUCUGGAUUUUUGUCGAUAAGAGGACUCACGAACCAACACCCGGAAAUCAGUACAUAUUUUGAAGCCUACGCGGUAAACCACAAGGAAUUAGGGUUCUUGUCCUCUAGCUGGAAAGAUGAACCUGUUUUAAACGAAUUCAAAGCCACAGACCAAACAGACUUAGAACACUGGAUAAAUUUCCCCUCCUUUAGACAGCUUUUCCUGAUGAGCCAAAAAAACGGUCUCAACUCAACUGACGACAAUGGCACUACAAAUGCAGCCAAGAAGUUGCCUCCACAGCAGCUUCCUACUACACCAAGCGCAGACGCUGGUAACAUAUCAAGAAUUUUUAGCCAAGAGAAACAAUUUGACAACUACUUGAACGAACGGUUUAUAUUUAUGAAAUGGAAGGAAAAAUUUUUGGUACCAGAUGCCCUAUUAAUGGAAGGUGUAGACGGCGCAUCUUAUGAUGGGUUUUAUUACAUUGUCCAUGAUCAAGUUACCGGGAACAUUCAAGGGUUUUACUAUCAUCAAGAUGCUGAAAAGUUCCAACAGCUGGAAUUAGUACCAUCUUUGAAAAAUAAAGUCGAGUCCAGUGAUUGUUCUUUUGAGUUUGCUUGA